AUGGCUGGAGAUUCUAAACCGUCAGGCAACGCGGACCUGCGAAGGUUCAUGGAAAAAAGACUAGAUGUUCACUUAAACGGGUCGAGGCACGUAGUGGGAGUAUUGAGAGGAUACGACACAUUUAUGAACAUAGUGUUAGAUAACGCACUGGAAGUAGUGGGAGAGGGACAAGUGGAGCUCGGAGUAGUCGUCGUCAGAGGGAACUCAAUACUCUAUUGGGAGUGCCUGGAUAAAGUGCACACGCGAUAA